AUGCCAACUCGCGUGCUAUGCCUCCAUGGGAUGGGCACUAAUGCCGCCAUACUUCGAGCACAGCUGCAGCCAAUCCUGGACCUUCUCUCCGCAACAGAAUGCGAAUUUAUUUUCCCCGACGCCCCUUGGCCUUGCGACCCUUUCCCCGGAGUAGCCGACGUCCACGAAGGCCCAUACCUUGCUUGGAUCCGCACCCCAUCUACCGAGCAAAUUGCAGAUGCCCACACAUACCUGCAAAAGUAUCUCUCAGAUCCAAUUGAUCUUGUCAUUGGAUUUAGCCAGGGAGCAGCACUCGCAGCUUCUUUAAUGCUGCAUAACGAGCUAGCUGGAAAGCCAUCACCUUUCAAAGCGGCUAUGCUGAUAUGCUCCACGCUACCGUCUACUCGUUCUCCAGAAUAUGGAAUUGAUGUUCGGGAUUAUUUUGGGAUUACUGGGCCGCCUACGGAACGACCAAGAGUAUUUCCGGACGAAUCGCUCGUUGUCCGACACGAGUACUUCCUACGGACGGAAACGACUCGAGAUGCCAAUCGACCUGUUUAUUACAAUAUGUUUCACGCGGAUGUGGACACAGUCCGUAUCAGAAUUCCAACAGCUCAUAUCUAUGGGCGUCGAGAUCUCUUGUGGCGCCAACAGAGUCUUGCUAUGAUUCAGUUGUGUGGAGGGAAGGUCUACCGGUUCGAACAUGCUGGUGGGCAUGAGGUUCCGCGCAGCCAAGCGGAAGAAAUGUGUGACCUUAUAGAGGAGCUAGUUCAUGCGGGGAGAGAAGGAUGA